AUGAACGGUGCGCAAUUUACAGACAGGGCGAAUAAAGCCCUGCUCGACUCGAAAAACCUCGCCGAACAAUAUGCCCACUCCCAGCUCCUUCCCCUCCAUCUCGCUGUGUCCUUGCUCAACCCGCCUCCAGACGAGGAGGCGAAGCAACCCUCAGGACCGUCCGAAGCCCCGAGUGUGCCUCUCUUCAAACAAGUCGUCGAGCGCGCCCAUGGCGACCCUCAGCUCUUGGAGCGCGCUCUGAUGAAGCAGCUGGUCCGCCAACCCAGCCAAGAUCCUCCGCCAGAAACCGUCGCCCUCUCCCCUGCUCUCGCCAAGGUGAUUCGAUCCGCGACCGACUUGUCCAAGACCCAGAAAGACAGCUAUGUCGCCGUCGACCACUUGAUCAUGGCGCUCGCCCAGGACGGCCAGAUCCAGCGCGCCCUGGCCGACGCCAACAUCCCGAACGUCAAGCUCAUUGAGAACGCUGUGCAGCAGAUUCGCGGCAACCGGAGGGUCGACUCGAAAACCGCCGACGCAGAAGAGGAGCAGGAGCACCUCAAGAAAUUCACCGUCGACAUGACGGCUCUGGCGCGCGAGGGGAAGAUCGAUCCCGUCAUUGGCCGUGAAGAAGAGAUCCGACGAGUCAUUCGCAUCUUGACCCGACGAACGAAGAACAACCCGGUUCUCAUUGGAGAGCCCGGUGUUGGAAAGACCACCAUCGUGGAAGGACUUGCUCGCCGGAUCGUGAACGCUGAUGUGCCCGCCAAUCUGGCCCACUGCAAGCUGCUCUCCCUCGACGUCGGAUCGCUCGUCGCUGGCAGCAAAUACCGUGGUGAAUUCGAAGAGCGCAUGAAGGGCGUCCUCAAAGAGAUCGAGGAGUCGCGCGAAAUGAUCAUCCUCUUCGUCGACGAGAUCCACCUGCUCAUGGGCGCUGGCUCCAGCGGCGAGGGAGGCAUGGACGCCGCCAACCUUCUGAAACCCAUGUUGGCCCGAGGCCAGCUGCACUGCAUCGGUGCCACGACUCUGGGUGAAUACCGCAAGUACAUCGAAAAGGACCAGGCCUUCGAACGACGAUUCCAGCAGGUCCUGGUCAAGGAGCCUUCGGUGAAUGAGACCAUUUCCAUCCUCCGAGGUCUCAAAGAGAAAUACGAAGUUCACCACGGUGUCAACAUUCUGGACGGUGCUAUCGUGACGGCCGCGACGCUGGCAGCUCGUUAUCUCACCGCUCGACGACUGCCUGACUCGGCAGUGGACCUGAUCGAUGAAGCCGCAGCUGCAGUCCGCGUCACGCGCGAGUCUGAACCAGAAGCGCUCGACAACCUGGAGAGAAAGCUGCGUCAGCUGCAGAUUGAAAUCCACGCCCUGGAGCGCGAGCAGGAUCCGGCCUCGAAAGCACGCCUGGAGGCGGCCAGGCAAGAAGCUGCCAAUGUGUCUGAAGAGCUGCGGCCACUGCGCGAGAAAUACGAGCGGGAGAAGAAACGCAGCAAGGAUAUCCAGGACGCCAAGAUGAAGCUCGACACGCUCAAGGUCAAGCGAGACGAGGCUAUGCGUUCGGGCGACACCCAGACCGCUGCCGAUCUUGAAUACUACGCUAUUCCUGAGACCCAGUCCCACAUCCAGAAGCUCGAAGAAGAAAGAGCGCGGGCCGAUGCCGAAGAACGGGCUCGUAUGGGCCCCAACGGUGAGACGCUCCUGGCGGAUGCUGUCGGCCCCGACCAGAUCAACGAAAUCGUCGCCCGAUGGACCGGUAUCCCGGUCACGAGACUCAAGACCACGGAGAAAGACAAGCUCCUGCACAUGGAGAGGCACCUGGGCAAGAUCGUCGUGGGUCAGAAGGAAGCUGUGCAGUCGGUGUCGAAUGCGAUCCGGUUGCAACGCUCCGGGCUGGCCAACCCCAACUCGCCUCCCAGCUUCCUCUUCUGUGGGCCGUCGGGCACGGGUAAGACGCUGCUGACCAAGGCGCUGGCGGAAUUCCUGUUCGACGACCCCAAGGCGAUGAUCCGGUUCGACAUGUCCGAAUACCAGGAGCGGCACUCUCUGAGCCGCAUGAUCGGCGCUCCUCCAGGCUACGUUGGACACGACGCCGGUGGACAGCUGACAGAGAACCUGCGGCGGCGUCCCUUCUCGAUCCUGCUGUUUGACGAAGUCGAGAAGGCGGCGAAGGAGGUGCUGACGGUGUUGCUGCAGCUGAUGGACGACGGACGCAUCACCGACGGCCAAGGCCGGAUCGUCGACGCCAAGAACUGCAUCGUGGUCAUGACGUCCAACCUGGGCGCGGAAUACCUGUCGCGCCCGACGGCCAAGGACGGCCGGAUCGAGCCGCAGACGCGCGAGCUGGUCAUGGGCGCGCUGCGCGACUACUUCCUGCCCGAGUUCCUGAACCGGAUCUCGAGCAUCGUCAUCUUCAACCGGCUCACGAAACGCGAGAUCCGGCAGAUCGUGGACCUGCGGCUGGGCGAGAUCCAGCGGCGUCUGGAGCAGAACGGCAAGGACGUCAAGAUCGAAUGCACGGACGAAGUGAAAGACUACCUCGGCGACGCCGGCUACUCGCCCGCAUACGGCGCGCGUCCACUGUCGCGGCUGAUCGAGCGCGAGGUGCUCAACCGGCUGGCUGUGCUGCUGCUGCGCGGAGCCAUCAAGGAAGGCGAGACGGCCAAGGUCGUCAUGAAGGACGGCCGGAUCGACGUGCUGCCCAACCACACGGACAGCGAGAUGGAGGACGACGAAGACAUGGUCGAUUCGGAGGAGGCAGUCGCCGAGAUUGAGGAGAAUAACGGCGACAUGGAUCUAUACGAGUAA